GACGGACUCGACACCUGAGGAGAAGGAGCGAGCGCGAGAGAGAAAGAGCGGAACAAGAGAAGGGAGCACGCUACGAGAGAGAGAGGAGAGAGAGGAGAGAGAGGGAGAGGGAGAGAGAGAGAGAGCGCGCAGAUAGAGCCAGCAACGAGCGGUACCAGGGUCGACGGGGCGGGGCUUUGAAGGGCAGGAAGUGGAAGGAAAGGAAACCACGGGCAAGAAAGCCAGAGACAAGGUCGACGGGUCGACGGGCAGGAGGAGGAGACUCAGGAAAGCACCAGGGCAGUCGCGGAGAAAGCGUUGCUGGAGAGAACGACCGACCGACCGAACGUCCGGAGGGGAGAAGUUGUAGCAGGUGGUCGAACGAACGGGCCGAGACGAGAAGAGUCGAGGUGGACGCGUUGCUGAGACUGGAUGAGGCAAGUCGGUCGAGCAGCAGCAAGCAGCACUGAUCAAGAAAUCUACUUCUGAUUCUGUCGAGCGCGAUUGGGGUCCGCUGGGCUGCAGAUUGUGUAGGAGGUGGUGUUUAAUGGAUGACGAUUGUUAGUGUCUGGCCCCGUUUUCGUCCUGAGAAAAUUAGGGAAUUUAUUUUCUGUCUGGUAGUUUCGUAAUUGUGGAAGCGAAAGCGCUAGAGGCCGGCGGGUGAAGGAAGAUUCAAAUGACUAGAGGGUAAAGAUGAUGGGUCUGUAGGCCGCCUGGUCUUGUGUUACGGAGAGACUCGAGUGAAUUUAUCUCGGUCUCUGGGGUAGCAGUUCUUCUGCAAUGGCGAUGACAGAGGAGUUCGUGGUGUGCUCCAGGCACGCGUAGGGUACGGUACCGAACAUUGCUGUGGAAAGGAGACUGCAAGGCCUCGAGAAUGGCCUUGAGCGACAGCGUAUGUUUCGAGCAAACUGUGCGCAUGCGUUAGAAAGGCGACAGGGUAUGACUCGAGUGGAGUGAAGGUUUUCUUAUGCCGGCCUUUACGAACCAGGGUUGCCACUUUGGGGACAUUAGGUUGAAGCUUUGCGGAAAUUAUAAGUGGAGUUUUUCCGAAACUUACUGUGGGCUCGAAAACCAGGGUCCAACAUGAAAAAGAAACUGGAUACCCGUUUUCCUGCGGCUCGAAUCAAGAAGAUCAUGCAGGCGGAUGAAGAAGUCGGAAAGAUAGCAAUGGCGACGCCCGUUCUGAUUUCCAAGGCUCUUGAGCUUUUUCUUCAAAAUUUAUGUGACAAGACUUAUGAAAUUACCCUCAGAAGGGGAGCCAAAACCAUGAGCGCCCUGCAUUUGAAGCAGUGUGUACAACAAAACACCGUCUUUGACUUUUUGGAGGAGAUUGUCGCUAAGGUACCUGAUAUUGGAACCGACAUUAACUCAGAGGAGAGAAACGGUGGAAGGAGGAGAAAGGUUUCUGACGGAGACAAUGAUGACAGUGAAGAGGAGGAUGUUGUGAAACGGCCAAAAGCGGAAAUCCAGCCAACGACCCCUGGUAGGGGACGCGGUAGAGGGCGGGGCAGAGGAAGAGGAAGGAAUGGAACGAGGGUCCAUGUGGAGAAGUUUGAAGAGUCCGAGACUGACUUGAGCCCGCCACCUCCGCUGGAGAGAUCCGCUGAGAGGGUUACUCUAGAGACAAUCGCUGUUAGGGCAAAAGAAGAAGAUGCCCCUACAUUAGAACCCGUGGCAUCAUCUGCGACAGGACGACCUCAAAUAAGAUUUGAGUUCGAUCUGAAUCUGGAUUUAGAUGAAAAUGGUGAUGUAGCGACUGUAGCCCACCACAAAGAGGUCAAAGAGGAGGAAGAAGAACAAGAGAGUGAAUCGGAACAACAAAAACCCCCUCCAAGCUGGCCACCGACUCUCAGUGUAGAUAUACCACAAUUAGGGGUAGGACAUUUACAAGAUAGGCAUACAACUAUGCAUCCAGACGAAGAUGAUUAUGAUUGUGAAGAUGAUGAAGACGGUUAAACAUCACUUGUCUCAUUUCUUUCCCAAUCUUGUGUAUCUAAUCUUUGCAAAUUCUCUUUGUACAAUUAAGAAACAUGACACAAUUAACAUGGUCCCACCUCUAGCACGUGGGUUCUU